AUGAAGAGUGAUGAUGUAUCGAGACAUAAUGGAGGAGACAUCGUCAAGGGAAUUUGGCGGCGGGGAAUGAGUAGGGAAAAUCGUGAAUGUGAUCCUAAUGAUCGAGAAGUGAGGUGGUUCCCUACGGCAUUUCGUAGCAAGAUAUUGGAGAGGUCGUAUAUAGAGUCAGAGAGGAGGAAGUUACGACAGCGGACUGUUCCUUUAUCAAUAUUAUGGACUAUGAUUACAGUUGUUUAUUGGCUAGUUUUCGCUCGGUUUGUGGAUCGUAAAGGACAUUGGAGCAAGCAUCAUAUUAUUUACCAUUCGUUGAAUCUGGUGGCGGUGGUUUCAUGUGUAGGAGUGAGCCUAUUUCAAAGGUCUACUACGGCAUGGGCAGAAUUUUCGGUAUUACUAUUGAUCUCUAUUCCUUCCUUGUGUUGGGCGUUAUGGUCCGGUUACUGUAGUGCUGUAUUUCAUAACGUUAGUUCGGAUAUGGAGGACGUACAGUAUAAGGUAUGGAUGGAUAACGUGGUUCAUACGUUUGUCAUGGUUCUUCUGGUAUCUUUCGACCAGAUUUUACAAGUGCGAGGUUGUGUGGCAAUAGUAACACACACCUUGCUUUUAUUGUGUUACAUUGCCUUUCGAAUUCAAGGGAUCAUAACACACUAUCGGGUGAAGACAGGCGACGUCGCCUUCGUGUAUACCGACAUUUUGAAUAUUGUUGUUGUCGCCGGUCUGACAAUUAUGGUCUUCUCCGGCCGAACGAUUCACGAGAUGAGAGAAAGAAUUCGUUUCAUUCGGAAUAGAGAGACGCGGCGGAAAUUGAGUUCCAUGAAACAAGAACAACUCCGUCAUCACGUCAAGCAUGGAGACGCCACCACCGCCGUUGAACGACUUGUUUCCAUGUUGAGCAAGAGCCAGCUUGAGGUACGCGAACUUGCAUUCGAAAUAUCGGGGUACGGAGACAUCCGUAUGAUAGAGGCAGACGAAAUUCUUCGGCAAUGCAAAGACCUGGUCAUCAACUGCGACAAUCUAUUCAGCGUGAAAGACCUUGCCGGUCACACAAACCGUACCGUUUAUGAUAUCGCUACCAUGUACUCUACUAAGGCUUCAGAGUUCGUGCUGCCCCACUCCGCCCGUGUGCCCACAGGCGGCGAGUGGCUCACUACCAUGGACAUCAACACCCAUUUCAGUGCCUAUGGAGACCUCUAUCUUGACACACCCAAAGCCGACUUCGACAGCGUCAGAAACGCCCUCAAAGACCCAUUCUCAUACGACACUAUCACUGUUACCCAACAACCACAAGGAUUCCAAAAAUUCGGCUACGCACUCAUUACACCGUAUCUCGAGUCACUAGAUAUUACCCCACUAAGAAUGUACGCCUAUCUCGGUAUGAUCGAGAACCAUUAUAACGACAACCCGUACCACAACCGAGGACAUGGACUGGGAGUUGCUUUAAUCGGCCAGGUCCUCACCAACGUUAUGGGCAACGUGUUCCAUCCAGCAGCUGACGAAAGGGGCAUAUUGAUCCUUUCUUGUCUGUGUCAUGAUGUCGGUCAUCCAGGUUUGAAUAAUGCUUUUUAUGUUUCGGAGGGCAAGACAAUGGGAGCUCUAUAUAAUGACAGAGCGAUCCUGGAGAAUUAUCAUUGCUUUGUAACAUUUCGUUUAGCACAGUUACAUCAGGGCUCGAACAUCUUCCGGGAACUCCGACCAGCAGCAUAUCGUCGUGUGCGGAAAGACAUAAUUCAAUUGAUUUUAGCGACCGAUAUGUCGGCCCAUUUCGCACUGAUUUCAGAGUGGAGACUGAAACGUGAGAGUGGGAAAGAGAUCCGCAGUGCGGAGGACCGUAUCAAUAUCUACAAGAUGAUAAUAAAGCUAUCUGACUUGUCUCAUGCAUUGUAUGACUGGGAACUGCACACGAAAUGGUCGUUAAGGAUUAGCGAAGAGUUUUAUCAACAAGGUGAUUUGGAGGAGCAAUUAGGGCUGCCGAGAUCGCCUCUUUGCAAUCGAGCUGAACACUCUCGGUUCGCUAAAAAUCAAUGCGGCUUCCUUGAGUUUGUUGUGCUACCUUUGGGAACCGAGGUUGCUGCGCUGGCCGGGUACAUGCCAUCAUCUUCGUCUAUGGAGUUUGUCUCCAUAAAACGAGAUGCAUACCUCGACACACCUGUAGAGGACCCGCAAAGCAUUGUGGAACGGAUCAAGUCGAACCUAGAACGAUGGAAACAGUCCACUCAUCUGCGCUGGGAGAUGCCGCCACUUCCAAAGAUACAAAGCUUCGAUCUUCCCUUCAUGAUAAUAAAACAGUACAUGCUGGCCAAACUUCAGCCACCAGAGGAUCCAAAUCGUAACGUCAUUCGAGGUCUACGAUGA